AAAAUUUCGACAUAGCUUUAGUUAACAGUCAGCAUCACCCUUGGUAGAUUUUUUUCAUGUGUUAUUUUUUGUUCCCUCCGUACCGGAGAUGAGCUAGGUUUUCGAAUUGUUUGAUUAUAAGAGUUUUCGAUCUGCAGAGUUGAGUUCGAGUGAAGCUGAUUUGAGGUUUGGUUCUAAUUGCAGGCUAAGGGAUUGGAAUUUCUGGUGAUCCCGCCUCAUAUUGUGACCAGAAAAGUGAUUCAGGGUUCCUUUAGGGCUGUAUGAAAUUCUUGAUAUAUAUGUUAACAGAGAAACUGAAGGAACAGUGGAAGUAGGUUAGAAGCCACCUGUGUGGCAGAUGUGUGGAAAAGGGGGGCCACGCUGUUGGGUUAUCAUCGGUAACCCACGCGUUUUGGAGAAAGCGAGAGAAAGGGAAGAAGCAACCGGUAAACACAAUAGAGAUAGAGAGAGAACGAUGUGAGAGAAUGAUGAUAGAGAUGAGGGAGAGAGAGGGAAAGAGAGAGACAGAGAGUGUCACGUAGCCGGCCAUGGCCUCCGGCAGAUCGCUGAACGAAGAUGGUAGCUACGGUUUCUGGAAUAUCUAAUUCCGGCAGAGGGGAUUUGGUUCAACACAGCAGCGGCGGCAGUGGAUUUUAGGGUUCCGACGACCCUCUUGGUACUCCGACGAGAAGCUCCAGGCUUGAAUGCCACUUUCCGGUUAGAACGGCUGCAACCAGAGUUAGAUAGACAUCGAGUUUAGGUGACGACCAACCCUCUGACGAACGAAGUUCAGCCUGGGAAUGGAGGCAAAAAGGAGAAGAUAAUUUAUGCAGUUUUUUUGCUAACUUGUCGGAAGCUUUGGCGAAACAGAAACGAGAGUAUUUUCGAUAAAAAGUUCACUUCAGUAGCGAUCUUGGUCGAUGACAUAAAGGUUGAAUCCUUUUGGUGGAUGGUGAAGCGAAACAAACUCACUGGCUAGACAUGGAAAGAUAGUGCAGAUUCGAGUGGAUAGACUUUUACCUAGCAUUUGCUUCUUGUUUUGGCAUUACGAUAAAGAGAGAAAGAAACCAGACACGAAGCAUCUCCUUUGAAUCCAUCUAAUCUCUCCUCUCAUUAAGCAUCAUGGAAGUUGAAGAAGAAGAAAUCAUGGAAGUUGAAGAAGAAAGCGAUUUCUCGGAUAGGGAUUUGACAGCUGAAUCUGAAAGCGAUUUCUCGGAUAUGGAUUUGACAGCACACAAAACAAAAACACCGAAGAGGGGGUUGACCAGGUUACCAAAAAUGCGAACAGCAUUUACAAACUCGGGUGGAAAAAAACACAAAGUUACAUUUGAUGAAUUGGAGAAGUUUUCUGGGGAAUAUAGAUCAGAAUUUUCUAGUUUUUUGGGAGACCUAGUAAGAGAAUAUGUCGGAUUUAGGUUUUUAGCGUGGAAAACAGUGCCAACAGAAGUAAAGGAUAAAUUGUGGGAGGAAAUAACGCGUUUUUAUGACAUUGAUGCAUGUCGUAGGCGUUUUAUAAUGACUCGGCUUGGUGACCUGCUUCGAAAUUUUAGAAGAAAAGUGUAUGCGGGAUACAUAGUACCUAACUUAGGUAAACCAAAGAAACUUGCACGAAUUCCUAAGAGGUAUCGUUCAAUGGUGGAGCAAACAGACUGGGACAAGUUUGUAACAUAUACACAAUCAGACGAGUUUAAGGAUGUGUCAAAUAAGAGAAAAACAGCACGAUCAAAAUACGUUUAUGAUCAUCACUUGGGACGAGGAGGGUAUGCUUAUCUAAGAGACAAACUGGUACAAAAUAACGAACUUUCAGUUGAUGAGAUCCCCUCUCGUGCUUUAAUGUGGAGGAAAGCAAGGGAAAACAAAAACGGAGAAUACAAGAAUGUUGAUGUAAAAGACAUAGCUAAUAAAAUAAUUGACACUGAAACGCAAAUUAAAGAUGGAUCCGUGAACCUUGAUCCGGGCACGGAUGCACUCACAUUAGUAUUUGGCAAAGAAAAAGGUGGGUUUUUAAAAGGUGUUGGUUAUGGAGUGACUUCUAGUAGAUAUUGGCAGAGUCCUCGAACAAAAGGAUCAUCAAAAGAACGAAUUGCACAACUGGAGUUUCAACUACAUAAUGAGAGACUUGAGCGUGGGAAAAAAGAUGAACAAAUUAAGACCCUUUCGAUGCAGAUGGCAGAAACAAAUAACACACUUAAUCAAGUUUUAGCUCAUCUGGCUGCACAAGGACAAACUUUACAAAUAUGUUCAUUAUCUGCAGACAAAAUGUCACAAACACAAGUAAAUUCUUUGGAUAAACAUGACGGAUCAAAGCAUAAGGCCAAUGCUACCGCAUCUAAAAUAGUGCAAAAAGAAAUGGCACCAACGGUAAAAUCUAUGAACAAUAGUACUGGAUCAAAGGACAAUACUAAUGUUACCACAUCUAACAUAUCAAGUAAAGUAGUGCAAACAGAAGUCACUUCUCAUGCUAACACUUCUAAAAUGGUGCAAAAAGAAAUGAUAACAGAAAACGUGAAAACUAGAAAAAAAGAUGUUUUGUCUACGCAAGAGACUUCACUUCUUGGGACAUCAUCGCAGUUGGAAUCACAAGAAAAUAUACAUAAUACACAUUCAACAAAUGUCCUAGAGAUCAAGUGUACUCUAUAUACUAUAAAUAUGAACAACUGUGUGGCUUAUGGUACAAUUCAUUUGUCAACGGGAAAACAAAGCAUUCAUGGAGUUCCACUACAAGAUAAUUGCUAUAGAGUUUCUAUUGAUAAAGUUGUAAAAGAAGCAGCAUUUUUACCGGUAGAAUCAUGUGAGGUCAAAACAGUUGGGGAUGCACUAAAUACUUUUGUUGCUUGGCCAAAAUACCUUGUCAAAACUAGCUAAAAGAUACCAAAUCUAUCAAGCAUUCAAACACAAAACUCUACAACUCAAGUCGCUAAAAAGCAAAAGAUAUGUAUUACAACGCUAGAUGGCAUCAAAAAACAGGGAGCAAGAAGAACAAGAAAAACACUUUAAACUAGUACUUAUUUUAUGUUUACAAUCAUUUCCUUUUGCAACAUUUGUAGACAGUUUUUGAUUAGAAGUUUAGUUUUUGGUAUUAUCGUGCACAAAUUUUGGUUUAUUAAUUUUAAUAUUAUUUGGUUUUAGGUUU